AUGAAAAUCUGGGAUCAGCUCUUCGCCAUUCACUUGAGAGCAGUCGUCGAACUGAUCCACGAAUCGGUUCCACAUUUGGAGAAAACUAACGGCACUAUCAUUAAUAUCUCAGGUGUCGCCGCCAUAGCCCCGAUGUCUCAAGCCUUACUUCCCGGCUCAGGAGAUAUGAUGACUCGAGUACUGGCCCUCGAAUUGGGUCCCAAAGGCAUUCGUGUCAACUCUUUGAGUCCGGGAUCUACACAAACAAGGGAUAAGAUCGACCCUUUGCUUGAAUUAACAAAAAAGAUUACACCACUCCAGCGAUUGGGACAACCAUUAGAUAUGGCGAAAGGGGUGGCAUUCCUGGCCUCAAGUGAUGCCUCAUUCAUAACCGGCGCUAAUCUGGUGGUCGACGGCGGACUCGUCUAUAAUAUCGGCGCUUUAAAUACUUUAUAA